AUGACAAUGACAAUGACAGUGGGUGAUCAAAGGCUCCCUUCGGGGUUUACUCAAAUCACCAUCCAGGAUGAUCCCCGGGCGCUACUCCCCCUGCUGAAAUCCCAGCUGCCUCAUUCGAUUCCGCUCCUCCGGCGUCUGCAGCACAGCCUGGCAUUCCCGUCCGAGACGGCCCGGCUGCUGACGACGUUUCCAGGGGUCGAGCCUCCCUCGGGACCAUGGCUGGCUGCGUAUGUGGAUCUGCCACGUGGGCGAGAGACGCAGAUGACCCUCUACUCGAGUCUCGAGCGGGAGUCGGUCGAUGAGGACAAGGGUGAUAAGGAUGACAAGGAUCCUGCUGUCAUCUCCACUCUGCACGGCCGCCCCGAAAAUCUCGCGCUCGCUCGCGCGCAACUAUUGGCCUUGCUGUCGUAUACCAAGUCAGCGCUGCUGCCGGGGUACCUGGCCUCGCGUCCUGCCCGAGGAGUAGGUCCUGGCCCAGCCCACGCGCCGGGACAGACGCCACCCCCACCGCCGCAGGCCUUUCUCAUCGGAAACCUGCAUACGGGCCUCAUGGCCUUGCUGAUGAAGUCGGGGAUUUACACGGACCCGGACCCGGAGCCGGUACCUGGUGUCCGGGUCCACCGUUACGAUAACCCUCCAUAUGUCAAGUACCUGGUUCGGAAUGUGCAGUGGCACUCACCAGCGCGAAAGCCAGACCCAGGAUCACCAUUACCGCCCGGGUACCGGUUCCAGGAUCGUCAAGGGCGGACAGGAAUCCUCCCGCACCACUACGCGCUGGUCCGGAGCCGGACGCAUCUGCCGCGCUCGGACGAGACCCUGUCCAGGAUCCCCGGAGUGGCGGCGUAUGUUGAUCAACCGGGAGACGGGGAGGAGACGCCCAUCGCGUGGGUCUUUCUCGGCCUUGACGGAAGUUUGGCGACGUUGUUUGUGGAACCAGAGCAUCGCGGCAAAGGCAUCGCGGAAGCGCUGUCGCGCGAGGUGAUGCGGCGUGGGAUGGCGGAAGGGGGCAUCUGGCGGGAAGUUGGCGAGGACGGCGAGGUGUGGGUUCAUGCAAAUGUGCUUGCGACGAACCGAGCCAGUCGGCGGGUUCUGGAGAAGCUGGGCGGAGAGGUUGGAUGGACGAAUACGUGGACUGUGGUCGAGUUGCUGAGCUGA